GCUAACGCUAGCCACUUGUUUUGUACCAGUUCACCGCCCAGCCAGUCACUGAGCUUAGCCAGUUCGUUGCUAAAUAAACAUUCUGCAGUCAGCAUAUUUGCUACUUCUUCACUAAUAUCUCCUCACGAUGCUCACUGUUGAAACAGCAAAACAGGACAAAUGUGACCAUGCUCGACUGGAGUAUCGGCUAAACGGGCAUUGUUCCUCGGAGCUACCGGUGGCUCGCAUCGUCAGGUCCUGCUGGAAAGUUGCCUCCUCACAAGGUCACCUGGGGGGGUCCACACGCCUCGGAAGGACGCCAGUGAUUGAUACCCAGGGCUGUUUGGCCUGACAACUGUGUCCGUUUUGCUGUUGCUUAUUGGGAAGUUGAUCUUAUUUCCACUUGACUGAGAUUGUUUCCCACUAGGGCCUUUAAAAGUGUCUCUUUUGGAUGUGAUGGAUGUGUUUUCAGAUAUGAGGCUUAUCCAUAGAGGCGCCAUUAACCCAGUUAGGCUGAUGAAUUGGAGGAAGAAUGAUUUGUGCUUUGACAUUUUUACUAGAGAGUCACAAUACUAUACAUAGCUUUCUGCUUCUCUUGGUAUGGAUAAGAUAAGAUUUUCAUAUCUACUUUUUAAAUUCAGAGUUAACACCUGGAGGUAAGAUGGAUUGGAACAAAUUUGGAUUUGACUAACGGUACCUGUUGAUUUGUUCUAAUUACGACCAGAGUACCAGAUUUAUCACUUUGACAUGCCUCUAAUUAUUGUGCACCCCUAAUUUUUACCACUUGGACUUGCCUUUGUGUGCACGUUCACACACAAAACGGGCUAGAGUCAAUUUUCUGUUCACGUAGACAGUCCCUAGACCACCUGAGAGAUGGAUCUUGGGGUCCGCCUGCCAGCGGACUUGAGUCUUGUCUUGAAUAUAAUGUCAUCAAAUGUGAGCCAAGCAGAAAGCUGAAUGAAAAAGAGUUACAUGUGAAUACCUGUCUCUUUCUCUCACAGUGUCGUGUUGAUCAUUAGCGUGACAGUUUUGACACCUUCAUGUCAUUUACAGUAUAUCCUCUUCCUAACAUCUCAGCUGGUAAAAGAAAUGCUCCAAUGUUUCCAGGAGACAGCGGCAAGGUGACGACAGUGGUGGCCACACCGGGUCAGGGCCCGGACCGCCCACAGGAAGUGUCCUACACUGACAUCAAGGUGAUCGGCAAUGGCUCGUUCGGGGUGGUCUACCAGGCCCGCCUCAUCGACAGCCAGGAGAUGGUGGCCAUCAAGAAGGUUCUCCAGGAUAAGAGGUUCAAGAACCGUGAGCUGCAGAUCAUGAGGAAGCUGGACCACUGCAACAUCGUCAGACUACGUUACUUCUUCUACUCCAGUGGAGAGAAGAAAGAUGAAGUGUACCUCAACCUGGUGCUGGACUUUGUUCCUGAGACGGUCUACAGGGUCGCCCGGCAUUUUAACAAGAACAAGAGCAUCAUUCCUAUCAUCUACGUCAAGGUGUACAUGUACCAGCUGUUUCGUAGCCUGGCCUACAUCCACUCUCAAGGCGUGUGUCAUCGUGACAUCAAGCCCCAGAACCUGCUUGUGGACCCAGAGACUGCCAUCCUCAAGCUGUGCGACUUUGGCAGCGCCAAGCAGCUGGUCCGCGGCGAGCCCAACGUCUCGUAUAUCUGCUCGCGCUACUACCGGGCGCCGGAGCUCAUAUUUGGCGCCACCGAUUACACGGCCAACAUCGACAUCUGGUCGGCGGGCUGCGUGCUGGCCGAGCUGCUGCUGGGCCAGCCCAUCUUCCCCGGCGAUAGCGGCGUGGACCAACUGGUGGAGAUCAUCAAGGUGCUCGGCACCCCGACUAGGGAGCAGAUUCGAGAGAUGAACCCCAACUACACCGAAUUCAAGUUCCCUCAGAUCAAAGCUCAUCCUUGGACCAAGGUGUUCAAGCCUCGCACGCCCCCGGAGGCCAUUGCGCUCUGCUCUCGCCUGCUGGAGUACACGCCGGCCUCCCGCCUCUCUCCGCUGGAGGCGUGUUCGCACACCUUCUUUGACGAGCUGAGGCAGCCCAACACGCGACUGCCCAGCGGGCGCGAGCUGCCCAUGCUCUUCAACUUCAGCACUACAGAGUUGUCCAUCCAGCCUCAGCUGAACUCCACACUCGUCCCUCCACACGCUCGCGCUCACACGGCCGCUUCUCACGAUGGUACCGGCCCCGAUGCCUCUCAGCUGGGUUCAGCACCAGGAUCUCUUAACAACAUCUGAAGCGACCAGUCCUCUGCUUUGCCCGGCAGCCAGCCCCGCCCCCUCCUACUCUCUCUUACACACACACACACACACACACAUACAGAGAUAACCGCUCAUCUCUGCGCUGCUUGCUGUCCUGGUAGAUGAUGUUUUUGUACAGUGAACGCAUUCAACAACACCGCAGCUGGAGAGACACACACACACACACACACACACACCUACAUACACACACACACACGCACACAGAGUGCUGUCUGGCUGCUGCUACAGUGAUAUGUGAAGGUUCAAUAGUGGGGGCUGGUCCUCUUCUUUUUUUUUUUUUUUUUUAAAUCAAUUUCCCUUCUCGUCUUCAUCCAUGUUUGUGUUUAUUUAUUUGACUUUUCCUGACCUGGAUUGAUUUUCUUUCCCUGAGGUCUUCUGCUACCUGUUCAAGUCAUGUUGACGUUUUAAGUGAGAAAGAGGUCAAACUGCCUGAGCGAGACCAGAAUGUUCUGUGGGUCAUCAGGGUGGAGGACGUGUUCACUCAGGAGAUAUUCCCAUCCUCUUCCAUGCACCCUUUGAUUAUCAUUCUUAUUCUUAUUCUUAUUAAUAAUAUUGACCGCAAGUUCAGGCUCUGUGCUUUCUUUUCAGCCAAAUCAUUUAAAUCCCAAAAAGACAAGAAACGUCCUUUUACGGUGCCUCUCCAAUUGUGUUUUUAGACUUAAAAAAAAAUGUUUUAAAGCCCCGUACCCCGCUUGAGGCACGGAAAGCAGCGCUCACUGUCGUUUGGCUUAUCUUCAUGUUGCAAAGGAAUGACGUCAUGUAACCUCAACGCCCGGCUUGGAAGGCAGAGGUCGUCAGAGGUUGAAGUACUUGAUGAAUGUCAGCGGUCCUCAUGUAGCAGCAUUCAUCUUUUUGUCACUUGGACUGUCGCCUCCGCUGCCAGUCAGUCAUGUUUUUUUUCCUGGCACAUUCAUGUUGUGACUGAAAGAUUAAUUUUCCUUCUCUUGCCUAAUGCACACAUGCUUGACCUUUCUCCAAAGCCAUUGUCAUGCCCGGGCCGCCCAUGUAAAUAUCAUGGAUUUUUAUGAUUUGACUUGCUUUUCCAGAGCUGUUUAUAUCUCCGUUCACCCAUUCUAUCUGUAUGUUUGUUUCUUGUUUAUUUUGUAAAUACGCCCCCUGUGUCACCACGCAAACUGUAAAUAUUGCAAAAGAAGAAGAAGAAAAAAAGACUCCUGUUUGUCAACGACCUUUCUCUCUCUUUCUCGUCGGAGUAGCUGUUCACUGAUCAGGUUUCCUUAGCUCUUCCUGUGUCUCUUCCCUGUGCAAACUCGAUAUCCCUCCCUCCCUCCCCACGCUGUAGGAUGCUCUUACACCACAUAGCCUGCAGGUGGCGCCAAAGCGGCCCAGUAGCUCGGACCCUCUUCCGUCUCUUGAUGCGGCGCCCGCCUGCUGUUUGUUUAUUUGUGCGUGUCAUGACCCCUGUGCAGUAUUGAGGGAGGAAAAAGUGGCUUUGUGUCAGAAGCGUUUGCAGGGAACUUACAUCUUGUGAUCUGUGUGUGUGUGUGUGUGAGAAAUAUAUCUCCCGGGUAUGGACGAGAAAUCACAAGACGAUGCUAAUAACUUUGGGCACUUUUCUAAUGUGUUCUUAAGGAUCUCAGAAGUGCUGCUAAUUAUCACAAGAUCACACUGAUGUGGUGCGAAUGCAAACAAAGCCUCAGCGUGCGUGUGUGAGACCUCCUUAGAGGUGUGACUGUUUUUAUUCCCUCCUUGAUUUUACACCUUUUUACCGUUUCAUUUGGCUGUGAUUGCGUGUGUGGGUGUGCGUGUACGUGUGCGUGCGUGUGGCCUCGCGAAGAGAAGGAGAGAGAAAAUCAUGUGUCUGUUCUGUGCGCGUGCGCGUGUGUAUAUGUGAAUUCAUUUACUGUAAUAAAGUGUUGAAACUGUGUUUAA